GUCUGCGUUGGCGUAGAACAAGUCUCUUUUCUCACCUCCUUUUUCGCACUAUCCUCCUCAGUCGCUAUAUCUUUAGUCGGGGAACUCUUUGCCGGGGAACUCCUAGCUUUCGCACAACCUUCCUGCACUUCAUCAGAAAUUACUCGCGCAUUAGUCAAGGAACUUUUAUCAUCCGUAUUCACUAAGCGCUUCUCCGGGGCACUUUCAUCGGGGAACUUUUAGCCAGGGAACUUUCAGUCGAGGAACUUUUCACUUCGUGUGAUGUUUGCGUUUCGUCUCUCACUCUAUCAUUGGGAAACACUCGCGCACUCGCCAAACUCUUAGUCGGGGAACUUUUAGUCGCGGAACUUUUAGCCAGGGAACUUUCAGUCGAGGAACUUUUCACUUCUUGUGAUGUUUGCGUUUCGUCUCUCACUCUAUCAUUAGGAAACACUCGCGCACUCGCCAA